AUGAAGUUGAAGGAAGUAAUUGGGGAUGUCAAGAACCUUGCAUUCGUAACCGAUCAAGGGCAGUCAAUAAUCAAUGGUGUCGCUAAAGUCUUCCCCGAGGCACAUCAUGGUUAUUGUAUGUACCAUAUACAGGAAAACCUAAAAACCAAGUAUCGAGGCAAGUGCAUCAUUGCGUUGUUUAUGAGAGCUACAAAGGUUUACAAUUUUGAAGAGUUUGAGAAGUUCAUGGUCGAAAUAGACAGUAAAUUGCAUGCUGCAUGGAAGUAUCUAAUAGAGAUAGGGAUAGAACAUUGGGUGCAACAGUGGUUUCAUAAUCAAGGUGAGGAAUCACAAAGUUGCACAAGUAUGCUAACCCCGGCUCAGGAAGAUAAACUCUUCAAGACUUUAGAUGUGGUGAGAAAGGUAUAUGUAGAACCAUUGAAUCAGUUUCGCUUCUCCGUGAGAUGUGCACGUAAUUUCGGAUACAUUGUGGACUUGAAUGGUAACACAUGCACGUGUAGACAGUUUCAGUUGGAGAGUUUUCCGUGUACACAUGUAGUGGCAGUGGCUAUAAAUAGAGGAUUUCCACCACACACCUUAUGCAUUGCUUAUUACACGACUGAUUAUUAUAGAGCAGCGUAUAUCGAAACAAUAUUUUCUAUACCAAAUGAAGUCGAGUGA